GCAGCGCGGGGCGGAGCUGGGAGCGCGCACUGGGAGCGCACAGGACGCACAGCCCUCAGCAGCUCGGUGGAUAUAGGCAGCUCCGUCCUUCCAGAAGAGGUUAUGGCUGAGGACUCUGUGAAGACAAGAGGACAGCGGGGAUUAUUUGAUGGAAACGAUGCGUUUUCGUGCGUAAUAGUGUGAAAUAUUUCCUCCACACAGCAGCUGGGAUGAGCUCCAGAUCAAGACGGCGUUGAACCUGCCAACAUGUCACACGCGCAGGUCGAGAGAGCAGGACGCGGGUUCCCUGGCCUGCCUGUGGAUAUGACCGACGAGCGCCUGUCCGUGCGGCGGACGCACGGCUUGGGCGCACGCAGAAACUCUUACGGGCUCCAGAAGAUCAGCAUGGACAUCGAUUCGCCUUUAUACAGUGGCGUCCUCUCCAAAGCCCUGUCGUGGUCCGCGGAGAACAUCCCGACACUGUGCGAGUCCCGGGCAGAGGAGGAGAAGACAACCGACACUCCACCGUGUCCGUCCCCGGUCUCCAGCCCGGGCACCAGCACCAUCACGCCCCCGAGCAGCCAGGAGCCCGACGCAGUCUCCCUCGUGCCCGGCACCUGGGGUCCCGUCCAGAGAAUCAGGGGCCAGGAGGUCAACUCGGACUCCGAGAGUGACCUGCACAAUAAGCAGCAAAGGAUACUGUCGGAGCAGGAGGAGAAGGAAGACGUGGAGACCAAAGCAGUGGCCACUUCCCCUGAUGGAAGAUAUCUCAAAUUCAACAUCGAGAUUGGGAGAGGAUCCUUCAAGACGGUCUAUAAAGGGCUGGACACCGAGACAACAGUGGAGGUGGCGUGGUGUGAGCUCCAGACCCGUAAGCUGACGAAGGCGGAGCGGCAACGCUUCAGCGAGGAGGUGGACAUGCUGAAGGGGCUGCAGCACCCGAACAUCGUCCGCUUCCACGACUCCUGGAAGUCGACCUCGAAGGGUCAGAAGUGCAUCAUCCUGGUGACGGAGCUCAUGACGUCGGGCACGCUCAAAACGUACUUGAAAAGGUUCAAGGAGAUGAAGCUGAAGCUGCUGCAGCGCUGGAGCCGGCAGAUCCUCAAGGGGCUCCACUUCCUGCACACACGCGCUCCCCCCAUCAUCCACCGGGACCUCAAGUGCGACAACAUCUUCAUCACCGGCCCCAUUGGUUCCGUCAAGAUCGGAGACCUGGGCCUGGCCACCCUCAAAAGUGCCUCUUUUGCUAAAAGUGUCAUUGGAACACCAGAGUUCAUGGCCCCGGAGAUGUACGAGGAGAAGUACGACGAGGCGGUGGACGUCUACGCCUUCGGGAUGUGCAUCCUGGAGAUGGCCACCUCCGAGUACCCGUACUCCGAGUGCCAGAACGCCGCCCAGAUCUACCGCAAAGUCACCAGCGGGAUGAAACCUGACAGUUUCUACAAAGUCAAAGUGCCUGAGCUGAAGGAGAUCAUUGAGGGCUGCAUUCGUAUGGACAACGAUGAGAGGUACACCAUACAGGACCUCCUGGAGCACCCCUUCUUCCAGGAGAACAACGGCGUGCACGUGGAGCUGGCGGAGGAGGACGACACGGUGAAGUCGGGCCUGAAGCUGUGGCUGCGCAUGGACGACACCAAGAAGCUCCACGGGAAGUACAAGGACAACAACGCCAUCGAGUUCCUCUUUGAGCUCUACAAGGACGUGCCCGAGGAGGUGGCGCAGGAGAUGGUCGUGCUCGGCUUCGUGUGCGAGGCCGACUUCAAGCUGGUGGCCAAGGCCAUACGGGACCGGGUGUCGGCCAUCAAGCGGCAGAGGGAGAAGCUGAGGCGGCUGUCGGAGGAGAAGAAGAGGAAGAAGCUGGAGCAAGAGGCCAUAGAGGAAGAACCGGAGCCUCAGCUCCUUUCACCCAAAGUCAGGGAGGUUGCGGCGGCGGAGUCCCCCACCCCGGCCAUGACGCCUCCGGCCCCCAUCGUGUCCCCCGUCACCAGCUCCGCAGACUCCGGUGUCAGCUCCAACUACCCGGCAGAACCAGAGGAGCCCGAGGCCGACCAGCACUUCCACCACAUCCGACACAACAGCCUGUCCUCGGUUAACUCUGACUGCGAGACGGAUGGCUAUCUGAGCUCCUCUGGGCUCCAGGAUCCGCUGGAGGCCGGCACCUUCAACGCGCCCGCCACCCCCCCCACCGUGCACGCCGGCUCCCCCAUCGUAAGGGGCCCCCCCAUCCCGGCCCUGCGCUUCCCCUCGAGCAUUGCAGUCUCCAACAACACGGAACAUGGCAACUCGGAGCCACCGAGCGGCUUCAGCUCCCCCGUGGACAGCUACGCCUCUGACGUGACCUCAGGGUUGAGCGACGGCUACGAGGGCCUAUCAGAGAAGGGCGAGAAGACGGCUGGCAGGCGAACCGCGGCGAAGCUGUUCAGGAAGAGGGUGCGCUCCAGGCUGCGCAUCACAGGGCUCUCUGAUAAAGUGGACCGGGUGGUCGAGUGUCAGCUGCAGACGCACAAUGACAAGAUGGUGACCUUCAAGUUCGACCUGGAUGGAGAUAACCCUGAAGACAUCGCUGCGGUCAUGGUGCACAAUGAGUUCAUCCUGCCAUCAGAGAAGGAGGGCUUCAUCCACCGCAUGAGCGACAUCAUCAAACGGGCCAAGGCUCUGAUGUCCAAAGACCCACCGGUCCACGCCAGCGGGCACCGACUGCCCCAGCCUGCUUUCCACAGCGGGGUCAACUCGCUGUCUUCCUCCCAGCCUAAUCUGCACAGUCAGCCGUUGCCCCGAACACACUCGUCCUCCUCUCUGCCCGACUUCGACCUGGCUAACCCGAGCACAGGGGUACGUGGCUCUCCCCCGUGCCCCAAUGGCGACGUCCACGGUGCAGACGUGACUUCAUCUGGGCGACCUCUAAUGCGCUCGCAGUCUUUCCACACGGCCCCAGGGUCUCCACUUCAAUACCAGCACCAUCCCCACCCUGCGUCCCUCCUGCCCCACCACCAGCACUACCACUUACCCUACAUGGGACACACGCACUUCCAGUACCCAUACCCUGGCUCUCCGGGUUCCCCCAAGCCAGCACUUCAUCCUCCCCUCACACGUGUGGCCAGCAACCCCACCUUCUCUUCGAUCCCCUCGCCCUCCUCCGGGUCCCCCAGUCCUCAGCGUGAGACCCCCAGUCCUUGCAGCAAUGAGAGCAUCAACAUGUCCCCACCUCAGCAUCCCAACAUGUGGCCCCCCCACACACAGCCCCUGUUUUCAUUGGCUAAUGUCAUCUCCAUGGCCAUGAGCAUGGCUCAGUCUUUCACGAAUCUGCCCGGCCAGGGGAUGCCCUCCUUUCCAGGGUAUCACCCUCAGCUUCCCGCUCACAUGACCCAGCAGUCCGGUUACCCCUCGGUCUACCAACAACAGUACCAAACUCCAGUAGAGGCCCAGUACCAAGGCAUCCCAGAGCAGAGCAAUGUCUACCACAGCCCUGACAACACACAAAUGGAUGGAGCCGCUUUCCUUGCUCAGAACACUUAUCCCGGCUGGUUGCAUUCUGUCUCUUCGCCUUCCAUGGCUUCCACUCCUCCGCCGACUCCCCAGGAGUUUCUGCAACAGGGUGGAUUCUCCAGUCCACCCAGUCGGACCCAGGAGGAAAGUCUCCACAGUUACAUGACACAAUACCCAGCACAGGGUCCAGCUCAGGCCCAAACCAGUCCACAAACCUCCAGCUCAGACUCCUCGUCAGAUCUUUCCCUCUCGCCCCAAGAGAGCCCACAAAGCACUUUAUCGUCCUUCAACUCUCAGCUGCACCCCCCUGUACCUGAGAUGAGCGUCAGCCUCGCAAAACCAAAAGUCUCUUCCCCCGAAUCUGAAGUCCAGUCCACUCCAGUGACUGUCGGCCGAUUCCAGGUGACGCCCAGCAUUGACAUCCCUGUGGCUGCUGUGUCUGUCCCUGCUGCACUGCAGCCUGAGGUCAGCAGCAGCACCACAUCAGAGAGCAGCACAGAGGAGCAGGGGGAGUCUGAGACAAGCCUGGGCACCUCCCUCACCAUGUCCCCUCCUCACCCACAUCCUCAGAGAGGGUCCUCCGUGGUCCUCCAGGAGCUGGACAGACAGCCGGUGUGGCCCGGGAACCAGGAACAGCAGCAGGAGCAGCUGACACAGGACAGAGGAGUGGAGGACGAAGACGAGGACGAGGACGAGGACGAAGAGGUAGAGGUUGAGGUUGUCGGGGAACGACAGAGGACGAAGAAGAGGAGUCGGAGGAGAGCGUACAGCCUCAGCCUGCUGGGGAUGUCUGCGGACAGUGGACUCUCGCUGACGGCUGCGGAGAUGGAGGGGAGGCCGUGGGAUGGGGGGGCGGGCAGCCCGCAGUACACGAAUGCCCUUCACCAUUUAUGGAUGAUGACUUACAGCCGCAGCGCUCCCUACCUGAGCAGCGAUGACUCAGACUGUGACGAUGGGGAAAUGGUGGAGGAGCUUCAGGAACUCAGAGAGAGACAUCUGACCGAGGUGCAGGACCUGCAGGCUGCCCAGAAGAAAGAGAUCGAGGAGCUGUAUGAGCGGAUGGGUAAGGUUCCUCCUCCGGGCAUCGUCUCUCCUGCUGCGAUGCUGUCCAGUCGACAGCGCCGCCUGUCCAAGGGGAACGGCUUCCCCUCAUCGCGCCGGAACAGCCUGCAGCGCUUGGACAUAUUGCCACUCCAAGGUAUCAUUAGGAGAAACUCUCUUGGAGGCAGCAGUAGUGGCUCCCAAGAUAAACCCAGCAAAGGGGUCACCUUUGCCACUGACAUAAGUAGAAUGUAAGAAACGCUCAGCUGAGCUGUUUAUCUGGACUACCUCAUCUGAAGUGGGACUCAAAGUGCUCAUCCCCGUCCUGAAGGAGGAUCACGUGAACACUUGUCACACACCCGCCUGCCAAUCAACAAAAAACCUGCUUCCCUCUGCCAGUGGUCAUUUACCUCAAAUGUACAGAAACUGUCACCGGUAGCGCAGAAUAUCCACCAAUCAGAUUCCAGUUCAGUCCUGAUUGUCCUUGUAAAUAAAAGUGUCAGAGCUGACCGGUCAGAGGUCACCAGCUUCAGUUCAAGAUCACAGUUUGUUUUAAAGGAGACAUAUUAUGCGUUUUUUGUGUAUUUUAUUGUUUUUGUGUGAAUGUUUAAGUUCUGCAUAGUUGAAAAGCCCAAAGUCUUGUGUUCCAGACAGAGGCUGAAAGAGGAGCUGCAGCAAUAGUGUUAUUUUUCAAAUAAUAACCCAAAUUAAAAUGACAACCCUGAGUAUGAGCACGAUAUGUCUCCUUUAAAUGUUUUCUCUGAUCAAGUCGAGUGCUGCAGAGUCAUGGCGACACAAUGACCUUGACCCAGAUGCCUGAUAGUUGCAGUUUUCCUGUCUUCUCACUGCCGUUAAUCGCUCUGAACACAGCGACGUGAACCACAGAGAAACUCUCACUUCUCGUUUUUUUCGUACACAGAUGACAAUAUUUUGAAUAAUCUCAUAUCUGAUGUGGUUAGUUAAUGAUGUCUCAGCACAGUUACUAUAUUUUUCAUGUAGUGGAGCUGACUGCUGCCUUCCUGGGGAUGACAAUGUCAUGAUGGAUUGAACAAUUUGAUUUUGCUGCAGUACUACUUCUUUGUUGGUUUUGACACCUGAUAAGAUUCUGACAUUUUCAGAUGGAGUGAAGGUGAUUUCUCACUUUGUCAAGCAGUAUAAUGAAAAUAUCAUGAUGUUAAUGCAUUAGGAGGAAAAGUUGUGCAGCAGUUCUCAAUGGGAGCACGUAGUUUCCUUCAAAAGAUACAAAGAGAGCAUCACAACAAUUUUUGAACAGUACAGAAAGUAUUUCUUCAUAUUGAUUUUAGGUUUUUAGACUACUGGCUUAUACAUGUAUAUAUAGUAGAGUGCAUUUCUAGAUCACGUUUACACUUUAAAAGUAAACUCAAUGUUUCCGCAACCUUAAUUCUUGCUCAAGCAAAAAAAGAUUAUUUGUUGCUUGGUUCAUGAUUCAAGCACCUUGUGCACUUUAGUAAAAUCUAUCUUGAUUCUCAGUCGGUCGAGGAAGAGCUGAUGUUUUCCUUUUAUUUUUUCAUGAGGUUGAAGGUGUUCUCCAGUUCAUGGCCGAUCCCAGUGAAGAUGAUCUGCCCGCCUGCCGUUUGAGAUAAUUGUGCAUUUUGUGGGACAAGCUGUGAAUCAGUAUCUGUGGCCUUGAUGAGAAAAUACACAACACACACUGAAUUUUCUCCUGUGAGAUUCAUAAUAUAUACAAGAAAGUUCUGAACUUUGAAUGUAAAUAUAUAAAUUGUGUUGCUUUUUCCAGAAGCUGCUGUCCUGCCAUGCUGAAUCUGUGCCUUUCCCUUACAAUGUCUUACUUUAUAUUUUUAUUCUCGAGAUUUGGUGGCUAGAUCAGACAGUGUAUCGAACUUUGACAACUAAUAAAUGCAACUGUAAAUAUCA